CGGGCUGAUGACGCAGGGUCCCGCGCUAGCCGUUUCAGCGACUGUGAGGGGGAAUUGAGGAAGGGAUUCAGGAUCCAGUUGUGGAAAGUUCGGGUCUAUCAGGCGCAUCUGAAUUGGGCAGCAGGUAAUCAUUUCAAGAUGCCAGGGCGUUCCAGCUCGAACUCAGGCUCCGCUGGAUUCAUAUCCUUCAGCGGGAUAGAGUCGGCUCUCUCCUCCCUAAGAAACUUUCAGUCCUGCAUCAGCUCGGGAAUGGAUAUAGUGACCAGCGUUGCUCUGGAUCUUGUGCAAACUCAAACUGAAGUGAGUAGUGAAUAUAGUAUGGAAAAAGCAAUGGUUGAAUUUGUCAUAAUGGAUCGAGAACUAAACAACUACAUAAAAGCUGUUGAAUCUGCAAUGAAUCAUGUUAAAGAAGAACGUCCAGAAAACAUACCAGAUUUAAAGUUGCUAGUAGAGAAGAAAUUUUUGUCCUUACAGAGUAAGAAUUCUGAUGCCGACUUUCAAAAUAAUGAGAAAUUUGUACAGUUUAAGCAGCAGCUGAAGGAACUAAAGAAGCGAUCAGUGAAACCUAAAGAAGAUAGAAGACACAAUGAAUUCGACCAGAUUAAGGAUAAAGAUGCAAGUAGAGCAGGCAAUGAACGAGAUGGUGUGCAUGCAGACAGAGAGGCUGAUGCACCGGAAGGAGUUGAUGAAGACAUGAUCGUGACCCAGAGUCAGACCAAUUUCAUCUGCCCCAUUACACAGUUGGAAAUGAAGAAGCCAGUGAAAAACAAAGUGUGUGGCCACACCUACGAAGAGGAAGCCAUUGUUCGCAUGAUUGAGUCCAAGCACAAGCGCAAGAAAAAGGCCUGUUGCCCUAAGAUUGGCUGUAGCCACACGGAUAUGAGAAUGUCGGAUCUCAUCCAGGAUGAAGCCCUCCGAAGGGCAAUUGAAAACCACAACAAGAAGAGGCACCGCCAUUCCGAGUAGGACAGUGCCUCGGCCCACAGGGAGUUCAGCAGCCUUGCUCCUACCUAAGCCUCCUGCUCAGGGUGAUGCAUGUCGGAGCAGUCAGGGAUUGGCUGCACUGCAUAGUCUGUUAGGGGUCAAGCUUGGUUUUGUGAUUGAAAGCAAUUCUUUUAAGUUCCUCAAUAAACAUGCAAGCACAUUAUGUAUUGUCUAUUUUCAGAUGCUAGGUAAUUUUGCAUUAAACCUCGAUUAUCUGCAGCGGAUCCCACCAGGAACCUCCUGGUGCACACACCUUGUUCCAGAGUAUCAGCCUUGUCUAACACUUCAGAAUGGGUUUUUAUCAUUGUUACUGAAUAUCUUUCAGGUAAUGUUUGAAAUGAAAAUGUGUGUUGCAUUUCUGUCACUGCAGUGAAUUCAGGCCUUAGGUUAUAAAGCACCACCAAUUUCCUUUCCUAUAAUGAUUUUGUGUUAGGGAGGGGAGGGGCACUUUGGCUUAUCAUUCUAAAUGGCAUGGGAUCCUCUUUCCCACGCAAUGAGACUCUGCCACCCGGAAUGGAAACCAAGGUGCCGCCCGCACAGGGCCUUACGUGUCAUCGGAAGCCACCACAUCCUGGUUGCACGACAG